GCUCAGAAUUGUGUCCGGGUCGACGCGGCGCGAGGCUUGUUGGGAGACGCAUAACACCGAUUUUCUUCCGCCAGCCGGCUAAAUAGUCCCAUGUGCACGUUGUUCCACGGAUAAGUAAACGCUAGGAACGCCUUCCAACCCUGUAUUUCAGUAGAAAUGCUAAACGUAAAGGAAUAUUUGAGUAAAGUGAGUUGCCAUUCUUGACGCCUGUCACCUACGGUGUGCGCGUAGGGAUCUCUCAAUAUAUAAGAGGGCCCUGCCGCUUGUCGCAUUCUUUCUCCGCUGAGAGCUUCCAAGAUGACAAAGAAAAGAAGGAACAACGGUCGUGCCAAAAAGGGCCGCGGCCAUGUUCAGCCUAUUCGCUGCACGAAUUGUGCCCGAUGCGUGCCCAAGGAUAAGGCCAUUAAGAAAUUCGUCAUUCGAAACAUAGUGGAGGCCGCAGCAGUCAGGGAUAUUUCUGAAGCGAGCGUCUUUGAUGCCUAUGUACUUCCCAAGCUCUAUGUGAAGCUACAUUACUGUGUGAGUUGUGCAAUUCACAGCAAAGUAGUCAGGAAUCGAUCUCGUGAAGCCCGCAAGGACCGAACACCUCCACCCCGAUUUAGACCUGCGGGUGCUGCCCCACGACCCCCACCAAAACCUAUGUAAGGAGCUGAGUAAAAGACUGAAGAUAACUAUUCUCUGGAGAAAAAUAAAAUGGAAAUUGUACUUGAUAUUGCUUAUUAAGUGUAUCUGUGCCAGAUAGGGUGGGGAUUUUGUGUGUGUUAGACCAAGUGUGAAAUAACAAGCAGUAUUUUCGUGGGGAAGAAAGCUUAUUUAUGUAAUCAAUUUUUUGUUGUUGGUGGUGGGGAGGGGUGGGAGAUGUAGUCUUGCUCUGUUGCCCAGGCUGGAGUGCAAUGAUGCUAUCUCAGCUCGUUGCAACCUCUGCCUCCUGGGUUCAAGCGAUUCUCCUGCCUUGGCUUUCCAAGUAGCUAGAAUUAGAGACAUGUGCCAUCACACCCAGCUAAUUUUUUGUAUUUUUAGUAGAAAUAGGGUUUUACCAUAUUGGCCAGGCUGGUCUGGAACUCCUGACCUCAGAUAAUUAACCCCUUAGGCUUCCCAAAGUGCUGGGAUUACAGGUGUGAGCCAUCUUGCCUGGCUAUUCAUUUAAUAAACCUUGUUUGCAGUCAUAUCCUUGGCUUCACAACUUGCUGUGUGAAAUAAAAAGUUGAGGCACCUG